CGGAAGUACUGAUGAUGACAAGGACGCAUUUUACGCGCAGCUCGAACGCGAUUACGAUCGCUGUCCAAGCGACGACGUCAAGAUCAUCAUAGGAGGUAGGCCAGGAGGAGGAAUUCAGACCGACGAUUGGAAAGUUCAGCGCCCACCAGCAGACGAACGAAAACGGCCUACGACUCAUUGAUUUCGCCGCCUCCAAAAAUAUGGCCAUACGUAGCACCUUUUUCCAACACAGCCUCUCUUAUCGUUACACCUGGAGAUCACCACAGCAGACGGAAUCUCAAAUCGACCACGUUCUGAUUGCCGGACGGCACUUCUCCGACAUUAUCGGCGUCAGGACCUCUCGUGGCGCCAACAUCGACUCCGACCACUAUCUGGAGAUGGUCAAACUGCGCCCAAAACUUUCCGUCAUCAACAAUGUUCGGUACCGGCGACCGCCACGGUACAACCUAGAGCGACUCAAACAACCGGAUGUCGCCUCAGCAUACGCGCAGAAUCUCGAAGCCGCGUUGCCAGACGAGGGCGAGCUCGAUGAGGCCCCUCUAGACGACUGCUGGAAUACAGUGAAAACAGUCAUCAACGACGCAGCCGAGAGCACCAUCGGGUACGUGGAACGGAAUCGACGGUACGAAUGGUUCGACGAAGAGUGCAGAACGGUUUUUGGAGAAGAAGAAUGCAACGAGCGCGGUAAUACUGCAGCAGGGGACCCGACAGAACGUGGAACGUUCUAAACAGAAGUGGAAACAGCAGACCCGCCUCUUUCGGGAGAAAAAGCGCCGCCUGGAAGAAAUCGGAUGCGAAGAAAUGGAAC